GAGUCUUUGGCAAUGAUAGCUCUGUUUCUUCCUCUUAGGCAAGACAGGGGUGCAAUAGUAUUUUCGUAUCAAACCUCGGUGGAUCGGGCCGAACCGAACGAAGCCCAAAAUACUGGUCCAGAGUUUGGAUAAACCCUAGACCCUAAUUUCUUCCAAUAUAUAUGCUCAUCGUAGCUUAAAUCGCAAUCGUCUCCGGUCGAAUUUUAGUGCAAGGUAAAAUGUCAAAUCCCAAGGUUUUCUUUGAAAUUGUGAUUGGAAAAAUGAAGAUGGGCCAAGUAGUGAUGGAGCUAUAUAAAGAUGUUGCACCAAAAACUGCUGAAAAUUUCCGGGCCCUAUGCACUGGUGAGAAGGGGAUUGGAGUGUCUGGAAAGCCGCUACACUAUAAGGGCUCAGCAUUUCAUCGCAUAAUCCCAAACUUCAUGUGUCAGGGAGGAGAUUUCACCAGGGGUAAUGGAACUGGAGGAGAAUCCAUAUAUGGCAUGAAGUUUGCUGAUGAGAACUUCAAGCUGAAGCAUACUGGGCCUGGAAUUCUUUCAAUGGCUAAUGCUGGACCUAACACUAAUGGUUCACAGUUCUUUAUAUGCACUGAGAAGACACCGUGGCUUGAUGGCAAACAUGUUGUGUUUGGGAAAGUUGUAGAUGGCUAUAGUGUUGUCAAGGAGAUGGAGAAGGUGGGUUCCGACAGUGGGAGGACUUCCCAGCCAGUUCUUAUUGAAGACUGUGGUCAAAUAUCCGAGAAUUGAUGAUAAGGAGAAAAUGUGGUAGAUGUUGUUCGGUAGCCUCUUUGAUAUGUAAGCUUUAUUUUUCUACCCAAAAUUGAAAGGGUUCGUAGCUACUGUGUAGCGUAUGAUAAUGGCACUUUUGAAGCCAAAAAUGAACUUGCUUCCUGCCUUUUAAUCUACAUAAUAAUUAGCUUGUAUCAUGUUCAUUACUUAUUGUCUUGUAUAUAUGUAUGUAUGAAUGAGUGAUGCCUUACUGCCUUAAACAUCUAA